AGAGAGGGAGAGAGAGAAAGAAAGAGAGGAGGCGGAAACCUCCAUCUGCCCUGCUCGGUGACCGACCCGUCAUCCUCAGGAACCGGGAGGAGACGGAUCUUCUCCUCGCUUCUCUCCCUUCUACUUUAUAUAACACUGGAUGCAGAAACGGGAGUAACAACGGGAGGAUGGAUGAAAUGAAGAAGUAAAAUCGGGAGAUUUAAUAUGGACGAGAUCUAUAGUCUAUAUAUAGGCUAUGCCCCGGACUGCACCACCGCCGCCGCCACCACCAUCUGCCCUCAUGGUACCGGUAAGUCACGGAGGGAAAAGCCGGGGAUCGACUCGUCCCGGGGCGGGUUGGUCCCGGCUAUGACCGGGCGCUGAUGCUAACUGACCCGUGAAAAUGACUUCUGAGGUCUUGUGAGGUCGGGUUACCGUUCAGCCAUGUUGCAGGAGAGGGGGCGAGAGGGAAGAGGAGCGGAGGUGUGUGUGUGUAACAGUGUGUGUGUGUGUGUGUGUGUGUGUGUGUGUAACAGCGUGUGUGUGUGUGUGUGGUCGCGCGCUGACACAUGCCCCUGUUCCCGGUAACGAGAGGCAGCGCGAGCGGAAACCGUUAGAGCCGUUCGGAACUGAACAUCCCAAAGCCCCGCGAGAUGACUUUCUGACUCGGCGUGCCGGGGAGCGCGAGCGCCGUUCAGCCAUGUUGCAGCAGCAGGGAGACGGAGGGAGAGAGGUCAAUGAGAGUCAGCAACAGCUCGCUGUGAAGAGCAAAUCCUCCCUCUCCUCUCUUCUCCACCAUGAUCUCCUCUCUUCCAUACGUUAGUCUUCUUAUUUUAGCAGCGCUGCCUUCCUCCUCCUCCUCUUUCUCUUCCUCUUCUUUCUCUCUUGCCCUUCUCUCUUUCUCUGAGUUUUGACUCUUGAUUUUUCCUAUUUUAUUUAUUUUUUUGUUUUUUUUCCCGUCAAACACACACGCAUACACUCUUGUGAGAUGAAGCGUGGGUCGAGUGUGUUGCAGCCUCCCUCUGAUGCAGCCAAACGACACACACACCCUGCACUGACAAAGACACACUCCGGUGAUGAGGCUUUGUCGAUGAGUGUGUGUGACGCGCGCGCCGCAGGUUCGAGUCCCUUCCCAGCAGCCACCUCUCUGUUCAGCCCUGAUGUCAGCACCAAGAUGGCGUCUGACCUCCUCAUCAGGCUUUCAGAGGCCACCCAGAAGGCCCAGAUGCAUCCUGGGAGCCAGGAGGAGGCGGAGCAGCAGGACGAACCCGGCGUUGCCCUGUCGCCGGACGGUCCCGGUGCGAGUCCCGAGCCGCCGUCGCUGACCCACACCCCGGAGGGAAACGCCGUCACAGACACCCUGGCCUCAGACCUGCUCAGGAAACUGGCAGAGCGCCAGGAUGUCAGCGGCCACAUGUUGAGGCUCAAAGAGGAAGAGGAGCCUCUGGAGGUCGACGCCAUGACCCCAAGUCAGCUGGUCGUCAAGGAGACGACUCAUUCCACCUUAAGGAUGACGAACCACCAUCUCUUCAAUGUAAAACCAGAAAACCAGUUCCUCACCAGGAAUAACCCAGCUGAACAGUUGCACCCUGGAGCCAAUAUGGUGGACCAGUACAGCUUUGGUCUUAACGCAGGAGAUGGAUUUUCUUCCUCUCACCCAGCAGACUGCUUCUUGAACGCAUCGAACGGUUUUCAGUUUCAGGUGAAACUAGAGGAUUGUUCAGCUCCUGAAACCGCAGUGGAGGACCUCCUUCAUCCCAGAGCCAAGAUGGACGAUCUUCGUCCUGUCAAUGCAAAGAUUUCAGAGAAACCGUUCAAUGGAGCUAAGAUGAGCAACAAGUUUUUCUCUGGUAUCACAAAGGAGAGCCAGUUUCCUUCAGCGGCCAUGUUGGAGAACGGGGUUGUUUCUGGAGCCAAGAUGGCCGCUCAGGUUUUCUCUGGAGCGAAAAUAGAGGAGCACUUUCUCUUUGGAGCCAAGAUGGAGGACGAGUGCCUGAGAGCGGUCCUGUGGCAGGACAUGUCCAUCAACCUGGCCUCUACGCUACUGCAUCAGCUCUCCGAGAAGGUCAGUAAGUCCAGCUGUCAGCAGGUGGAGAGGAUGGCUCCGCCCAUCAGAAGCAGUCCUGCUCUGAAGAUCAACGUGGACCACGUCCCUUCCUCUCCACUUUUGAGCCCCAGAGAAACCCUACAUGAAAUGCAAACCAGCAUCGUUAGAGAUCAAACCUCGGCUUCUUCUUACUUCUUCAGGUGUCACGUGUGCGGCUUUGAGACGGAGGGCCACGCGCUUUUCAAGAGUCACAUGACGGAGCACCGCCAAUGGGAACACGGCUCCUUCUCUCUGCACUGCUGCAGGUGCGACCAUUCGACCAAUCAGGAGGCAGAGAUGAUGGCCCAUGUGGACACGCACGUACACUGCGACACGGGAGAAAUGAGACGCCCGGCCCCUCUCCCCGCCGCCCCCAGCCGAGCUCUGCCGGUCGCCGUGGCAACACAGCCGGAGCAGAGCACCUCCGAGCAUCGCUGCCGCAUCUGCCAGAGGUCGUUUCCCGGGCAACCGGAGCUGCUGGCCCACUUCCAGGGUCAUCGCCAGGGCAACCAGUACCGGUGCGACCGCUGCGGCCACCUGACGCGGACGGCCAACAAGCUGGUGGAGCACGUGCGCGUCCACACGGGCGAGCGGCCGUUCACCUGCGACCUCUGCCCCUACAGCGCCAAGCGGCGGGACAGUCUGCGGCUGCACUGCAAGGUGAAGCACGCUAACGCUAAUGCCAGCGCUAACGCCGGCGCUAACGCCGACGUGCACACGCACCGGACCUACGCCCCCCACGGAGACGGUCAGCGCUCCAGCAAACACGUUCGGCGGCUGCACACCGCCUCCUCUCUUCCUCGCCCUGCUGCUCCUCCUCUUCCUCCGCUGCAGCCGCUGCUCUCCGACUGCACAGGAUGGAGGGAUUUAUCUCCUCUCCUCCCCAUCACAACGCUCAUCUCUCUGAAACCUCGCUCCUAUUUCUCCUCCUGCUCCUCUUCCUCACCGCCCUGCUCCAACAAACACUCCUUCCUGGGUUACCUCGGCCUCACGUCUUUGUAAAUGUUUGCUUUCCUCUCAUCCCCCCUUCCUUCUGUCCGUCCUCUGGACUAAAAAGCGAUGGAUGUAAAGUCACCCAGCACUACGUAUGAGAAUGUCAAACAGCGCUCACAUAGGGAAUGUUUUCUAUUUAUUCUACUUUUGCAUUAAGCUCGUGGUUUUGCCUGCUUUACUCCUUCAUAUAGCCACUCUACUCUUAUCUAGGUGACUGUGGGACAUAUUUAUCUAUCGCCCGUCUCUCAUCCUCCAGAAAUACUGAACCUAAAGAUCCGGAUUAUUUCAUAGUGAAAAACAGGUUUAUUUGGAUGAAAAAACUUCCUGAAUGAAGUCUGGUUACUCACUGAAGGAAAGGUCAGAUUACUGUAGAUCAGAGGAGAUGGUUCCAGUUUACAGAAAAUCAAGCUGAGCAACAUUUUUUCAGUUCGUCUUUCAGAGAAGAAAAAGUUAUCAUGAAGUUAGUGACGCUUCGACAGCAGCUGCUCGGGAUAAAACAAACUUCAGGCCUCACAAUGACAUGAAAAAGAUCAUUAUUUAUAUUUUAUAAAGAACAAAUUCAAACAAAAAUCACAGUUUUGAUGUUUAGAACUACGAUGGAGUUUAAAAAAUAUUAAAUUACAAGAAUAAGGUCAUAAUAACUCUAGAAGAAAGUACAAAUAUUACAAGAGUAUAAAAUUGUGAAAUACAAUUUUAUUCUCUUAUUAUUGUGAGACAUGAGAAUUAUCUCAUAUUAAAGUCGUAUUAAUAUUAGAUUAAAGUUGGAAUAAUAUGAGAAUAAAGUUGUAUUAAUACAACAAUAUAACUGUAAUAAUACAGCAAUAUAGUUGUAAUAAUAACAAAAUAAAGUUGGACUAUUAUGUGAAUAAAGUUAAAAUAAUUUGAGAAUAAACUCAGAAUAAUGUGAGAGUAAUAUUGUAAUAGUAAAAGAUUAAAUUCAGAAAGAUACAAUAAAAAAGUCUUUAUAAUUCGAGAAUAAAAUUGGAGUAAUAAUGCGAAUAUUGUGAAAAUAAAAUCAUAUUAAUACGACAAAAUCAGAAUAAUUUGAGAAUAAUGUUGUAAUAAUAUGAGGAUAAAAUGAUAAUAACCUCUUUAUACCAUAACCGUAUGUUUCUAGUGUAAAGACCAACUUUCUGUUUGUUUUCCUCUCAUUUUGUGUGAAGUUGCCUCCAAACUUACUGCCUGAUUUUUAUUUCCUCUCAACUUUAACUUGAAAUCAAGAUAAAAACCAUUUAAAAAACUUUUUCUUCCCUUAUCUUAGAAAACAAAUUGGCUAAAAUCCAGACUAAAAAACGUAAUCUUCUUUUAGUUAAACGUUAGAAAUCCAGAUUUUCCAUUAGUUAAUUAAUAUAUCACUCAUUAAGGGCUAACUAUCGUUAUUAAGAUAACCGGCAUAAUCAAAUCCAGGAAGUGCUUUUAUUUUUAUUCUCAGCUGUAGUUUUUCUACUUCCUGUUGGGAGUUUCUCUCUGUCGCUCCAGGAUCUUUAAGGAUUUGUUGUUUCUGGAGGACGGUGAUGAAAUUUCUGAUACCUGUGUUGUGUAUUGAUGAUGUAUUUGUGUUUACAUAACAACAUGAGGCUCUACGGAGUACAAAACAUCUCGAAAGUUGCACUAAAAUGUUGGUUUUAGAGAGAAAUCACUUCAGACAUUUCUUUAUUUUAUUACAAUCACUGAAACACUCAAAAAGCCAAAUAAACCCACAUAUUUACAUUAUAUCCCAGUUUAACAUUUGAUUGACGGUUUAAUUAAAUAUAUCAGGAAUUAUAGAAACAUAAACAAAUGGAUGGACUUAAAGUUAAAAUAUUGUACGUUUUCUCUCUUUCCUACCUGAACGAAGCAAAAAACAAAUAACAUCAUAUCUUUUCAAACCCUGUUAUUUUAUGAAAGUGUUGAUCAAAACAUGGAGGAUUGUGCAAUUUACUUUCUUACAUAUUUUUAUUUAUAGAUUUAUUCUCAUGACUUUAUUAUCACGGCAUGACAGGAAGUGAUUCUUCCCCCAGAGAACAGUCACUUGAUUUGCUUUAUUAUUUUUCAAAACCCUGGCUGUGUGUUGAGCGUGAAUAAAUACAGAAAAUAACUGUUUUUGUAAUUUUUCAACUCAAUAUUUAAUUGAAAAAAGCAAAAGACAACACACCAGAUGACAAACUUAAUUUUUUUAAAUGUAAUUUUCUUUAAUUACUCAGCAGGAAGACGAACAUAUUUUUAAUGAGAUAAAACUGAGAAACAAUUGUUAUAUAAUUUACUCUUUAAUUUAAAAUUUCUGAGGAAUUAUGUGGAAUCACUGAAGACAAAAGCAAAAAUUUGCUUUAAAUGGUUAUAAUCUUUAAGCCUCAUUCAGUUAUAAACAUUUCUGAAACACGUUUUGUAAAAUAAAACAUACAUGUUGUUCAAUUCCGGUUAAUUAUAUUACACCCAUUCACAUUCAACUUAAUUCAUUUUAAUACAUAAUCUUAAUCUGUUGCUGCUUCAUGUCGUUCCAUGUAUGCUGGGAUUUUUUUAAAAACACUUGAGUUGUUUGGUCUAAACAUGAGGAAACUAAAUUUUGGAACAUCAGGUGCUGUGAUGUCUUCAAAUGUUUGCAUGUUGUGUUUUUAUGAAAGUUUCUGCUGUCAAAGUUCAGGUACAUUAGCGAGAAAUUCACAGUGUCCUGCUGGAUCAUGACCGGGACGUUACUUUUCCCUGAUAUUUACGUCUUGUUUUAUUUUCUUUGUCAAAAUAAAGGAUCAGCUGGCUAUCUGGGAAUUAUAUUGAAAUAUUAUGCGAGUGGUUAAAUAAGGGGAUUGAAUAAAUUUAUAUCCCUUUUCAUUAAAACUAGAACAGAUCAGCAACAUUUGCCAGUCAAAGAGCCACUUUUCCCCUCAAAAUAAAACUUUCCUAGAGCUGCUGGAUUUACCUGUAAUCCACCUUCUGGAGCUAAACCAAAAUUUAGCUAGUAGCAGAAUUAUACCCAACACUUAUCAAUACUAACCGAUAUGCAAUUUUAUUUCAAUUUAAUUUUGCUAACUUUCUUUCCAAGUUAGCGCUAAAGGAAAAAUAGCUAGCUGUUAGCUCAUUAGCUAAUUAUGCCCCCACUAUUGGCUACCAACUGAUGUGAAAUGGUCGCAUCCAUUGGUACCUCAAGUUAGCACCUUAACAUUUAUCUUGAAAAUUUUGAUUAAGAGGAAAAUAUAUGCUAAAAAUUUUCAAUGUUAGCAAAAAUGCUAAAUGAAAAAUGAGCUAGCUGUUAUCGUAACAGGAAGUGUGCCUACCAUUACUUAAACCGUAAAUCUUUGUUUCAAUAUCUGGUGUGUUGUCUGUUUGCUGUUUUUAGGGAAAAAUUGGAUUUAAAUAACUUGUUUUGUUUGGUAUGUUAGCAUCAGUUUGUUUUCUGUAAUGAAGGCAGAAAAAUACAUUUAAAUUUUGACAUUUUUAGGGUUUUUUUGCUUCCAAAUUUAACCUAAACGAAGAUUCAACCUGGAUGAACUUCAACUGCCCUUAAAAUAACUUUAUGUACCAAAAGCUUUUAUUCUUUUUGCCUUUUGUAUCUUCAUUUUCAUGCUUAGACUGAAUGUAACGCGGCUUUUCUGUGACCCAGCAUGUCUUACAAACAGGUUGGUAAUGAACAUAACUCACCUUGGACAGACAGGAGCAACCUUCCUCGCUCCCUGAAAACAGGACGUGAUUAUAUGAAUGUUUCAGCUCACCACGUUUUACUGCUUAUGUUGUCGUGGUUUGCUCCAGAUUCAUGAGAUGCAAUCGGAAUAUUUCUAAGCUUUUUAUUUAUUAAUGUUUUUGUUGCACAGUGCGCAUGUGCAGAAGAGACAGUAAUAUGUGCAGGAAGGACGAGACAAACCUGCACACCGGUGUUUUAAUAUGAAAUCUAAUCAAUGGUGCUGGACUCUGCACGUCUCUUCUUUUAACACUUUAUUUACUCACAGAUGCAUGAAAUAGUAGAAACAUUUUGUCUGUGGUUCGGUUUCAUUUCCUGGGUUUCUCUGCUGUAUCCUGUAACUGUUUGCUGCUGCGAUGAUCAAUAAUAAACUUUCAUUUCAUCCGGCUCA